UAGUUAAACAAUUAAGCAUUAUCAUUUGUCCCCCCUGAACCAAGAUUAGAUAAAACAAAGGUGAAAAAGAGGAGAAAUCAAACAUUUUUAGGCAACAUUAUGGGGUACAGAAGUGGGCUGCUGAUUUGUGUGAUAUUUGUUUUACCAGCAGUUAUUGCUGGUGAUUGCGGUGAUUGCUUCACGGCAGCUGUAUUUGAGCAUCGCCCCAGAGCUCAAAGCAAUAGUACACUAUCACCCAGAGAAAUAGUAUCUUCAAACCUUCGCUUUUAUGAGAAAGCAGCAUCAUUAGCGGCCAAGAAUGGAGCCGACAUAAUUGUUUUCAAUGAAUUUGGUUUAUUUCCUUAUGAACCCAGCAGAGAAUUUCUACGGAAAUACAUGGAACACGUUCCUGACCCGAAGAAAGUCGAGUUUAAUCCAUGUGUCGAAAACGAUAAAAAUCGUUACAUACUUCACACACUCAGCUGCAUGGCUCGGCGAAACAAAAUCUUCGUCGUCGCCAAUGCGGGCGACAUUCAUCCUUGCAACUCCGUAUGUGACAUAAGUGAAACUAAAAGCUGUGCCGAUAAGUGCCCAGAGGAUGGUGUCCUUAUGUACAAUACGGAUGUUGUUUUUAAUCCAGAGGGCAAACUUGUUGCUCGCUAUCACAAAAUGCAUCCUUAUUUUGAAGUUUUAAAUGUACCGGAUGAACCAGAAUAUAUUACAUUUGACACGAACUUCGGUAAAUUUGGACUUAUCGUUUGUUUUGAUUCUGUUUUUGAAGAAGCUUUUAUUUUAGCAAAAGAACACGGAAUUGACACACUUUUAUUCCCUACUUAUUGGUUUGACGAUAUUUUGCCUCUCAAUGCUAUAGAGUUUCAACAGUCAUGGGCUCUCGCUAAUGGUGUCAACUUUAUUGCAGCUAAUGCUCAAACGCCAGGAUUAGGAACAUUAGGCAGCGGAAUUUUCUCGAAGGAAACCGGCGCUGUAGUUUACACUUAUGAACCGGAUGGGGAAUCUAAGUUACUCAUAGGCAAUAUUAAAAUAAAAAAAUCUUCUAAAAAACCCGUAAAGAGCUCGAUUACAGUCAUAACAGAAGACGGCAGUUAUUUAACAACAGAAACCGGAAAACAUUUUCCAGAACAUUGUUACGAAAGCAAAGUAGGUCCGGCAAAAGAUCUUUAUCGCGAUUACAGGUGUUUCAAAUCUCAAACAGAAAAUUACACUCUCAUCAAAUUAGAAACCUCCGCUGGUAAAGUUGAAGCUUGUAACAAUGAAUUUUGUUGCUCCGUUAAAUAUUCCGCAAAUGAUAUGCAGGAAGACUUUUAUUUAGCCGUUUUCAAUGGAACCAACAACGUUAAAAAUUAUUAUCACUGGUGUGAAGAAACUUGUAUGUUAAUUAGAUGCGAUCCAUUUGAUGGCAAAGCAUGCGCAAUUCAACCUUCUGUUUCCAAAACCGUUUUUAAAAGUGUCAAAAUGACGGCACGAUUUACUUCACCUGCAGUUUACCCUACAGUGUCUAGAAAUAAAUUUAGGUUAGCAUGUAAAAAGGAAUGGGAUUACUAUACGGAAAAAUCAGGAGUUACAUUAAAAUUCGAAUCAAAAUCUGAUGAGCCUUUGCUAAAAGUAGGGUUAAUGGGCAGAUGUUAUCAACGGGAUCCUCCUUUCGUACCAUUUUACAAGUACUGAUAAGCUUGCCUCGGUUGAAGCUUUAUUAAAUUGUGAACAAUGCUGAAUUUCUGAUUGAAAUGUGAUUUGUUGAUAACUUGCUUAUGAUGAAGCAGUUACAAAUGAAAAUUUUCGGCAGUCAUCAUGCAGCUAACAGUUAUUGCACAAUACUUUUUUAAAAUUGUAUUACUUAGCGGAAACAUGUAUUUGUUACAUAUCUGAAUAUAUUUUUCUAGGUAAGAGCGAAAGCAAUUAAGUUGUAAUUAUUCGACAAUUAUUAAAAUAUUAUUUAAAACCA